AUGGUUGAAAUUAACGAGAAUGAAAAUGAAUAUUACACUGAUGAUUACGACAGUGAGUAUGAGUUAUACGAAUCAAUUAGAAAUAAACCUCAGGUCCGUAAUAAGAUACACCAAACGAGAGGACAACAACAAAGACAAAGAACCAACCCAGGUGGAGAAACCAUCUAUCAGAGUCCAAAUUUUGACGAUAAUUUUAUGGUUGUUGAACCUUCCACUACUACUAUACCAGAACCAGUAACUGUUACUCCUGUUAGAAAGACUAAAAUUACACGUCAACCUUCAGUUAUAGACCAGCU